AUGUCUAGAUUAAACGAAUAUCAAGUUAUCGGUCGUCGUUUACCAACCGAUUCUAUUCCAGAACCAAAAUUAUACAGAAUGAGAAUUUUUGCUCCAAAUGUUGUUGUUGCUAAAUCUCGUUAUUGGUAUUUCUUACAAAAAUUACAUAAAGUUAAAAAGGCUUCUGGUGAAAUUGUUUCAGUUAAUGUUAUUGCUGAAGCUCAUCCAACCAAAGUUAAAAACUUUGGUGUUUGGAUCAGAUAUGAAUCAAGAUCAGGUAUCCAUAACAUGUAUAAAGAAUACAGAGAUGUUACUAGAGUUGGUGCUGUUGAAACUAUGUACCAAGAUUUAGCUGCUAGACAUAGAGCUAGAUUUAGAAAUAUCCAUAUUUUAAAAGUUGUUGAAUUAGAAAAAACUGAUGAUAUUAGAAGACAAUAUGUUAAACAAUUCUUAUCAAAAGAUUUAAAAUUCCCAUUACCUCACAGAGUUCAAAAAUCAAAGACUUUAUACCAAUCUCAUACUCCAACCACUUUCUACUAA